UUGACGAGACAGAGAGAGACAUAAGAAACUAGGGCAGUGACCAAAAGCUGAGUGAUACACAAAAGAAACAAAGGGGGAACUGAAGAAGAAGACGAAGAAACAAGUACCAAAGAUGAGCAAUUGGAAAACCCUUCUCCUUCGCAUCGGCGAAAAGGGUCCUGAGUACGGCACUUCCUCCGACUACAAAGACCAUAUCGAGACUUGUUUUGGUGUUAUUAGAAGAGAAAUCGAGCGUUCUGGAGAUCAAGUUUUGCCUUUUCUACUGCAAUGUGCUGAACAAUUGCCUCAUAAGAUUCCUCUGUAUGGGACUUUGAUUGGUUUGUUGAACUUGGAGAAUGAAGAUUUUGUUCGGAGGAUAGUAGAAAGUGUUCAAGCUAAUUUCCAGGAUGCUUUAAAUUCUGGCAACUGCAACAGUAUCCGUAUAUUGCUUCGAUUUAUGACUUCCCUGUUGUGUAGUAAGGUUAUUCAACCCGCUUCUUUGAUUGUCGUGUUCGAAACAUUGUUAUCAUCAGCUGCCACCACUGUGGAUGAAGAGAAAGGAAAUCCAUCAUGGCAGCCACAAGCUGACUUUUACGUCAUAUGUAUCUUGUCCAGCCUCCCGUGGGGAGGAUCAGAACUCGCUGAGCAAGUUCCUGAUGAGAUUGAAAGAGUGUUAGUUGGUAUACAAGCUUAUUUGAGCAUCCGAAAGAAUUCUUCCACCUCUGGGCUAAACGUUUUCCACAAUGGAGAAUUUGAAAGCAGCCUAGCAGAGAAGGAUUUCGUGGAGGACCUAUUGGAUCGAAUACAGUCUCUUGCUUCCAAUGGAUGGAAACUUGAUAGUGUACCUAGGCCUCAUCUCUCAUUCGAAGCUCAGCUUGUUGCUGGAAAGUUUCAUGAGCUACGGCCUAUUAAAUGUAUGGAACAACCGAGUCCACCUUCUGAUCAUUCGAGAGCAUACAGUGGCAAGCAAAAGCAUGAUGCAUUGACAAGAUAUCCCCAGAGAAUUCGUAGGUUAAAUAUAUUCCCAGCUAAUAAAAUGGAGGAUGUGCAACCUAUUGAUCGCUUUGUCGUGGAGGAGUAUUUGCUGGAUGUGCUCUUCUUUUUAAAUGGAUGUCGGAAGGAGUGUGCGUCCUACAUGGCUAAUCUUCCUGUUCCUUUUCGGUAUGAGUAUCUUAUGGCAGAGACACUAUUUUCUCAGAUACUGCUGCUACCACAGCCACCAUUCAAGACUCUUUAUUAUACACUCGUGGUUAUGGAUCUUUGUAAGGCUCUUCCGGGUGCCUUUCCUGCUGUUGUUGCUGGUGCUGUUCGUGCACUAUUUGAGAAAAUCUCCGACAUAGACAUGGAAUCCAGGACGCGGCUUAUCCUAUGGUUUUCACACCACUUAUCCAACUUCCAAUUCAUCUGGCCUUGGGAAGAGUGGGCUUAUGUUUUGGAUCUUCCCAAAUGGGCCCCUAAGCGUGUAUUCGUUCAGGAGGUUUUGCAAAGAGAAGUACGAUUGUCUUACUGGGAUAAAAUUAAGCAGAGCAUUGAGAAUGCAAGUGCCCUAGAAGAAUUGCUUCCUGCAAAGGCUGGUCAGAAUUUUAUGUAUUCCCUGGAAGAGGGUAAAGAGAAAACAGAAGAACAGAAAUUGUCAGCCGAAUUGAGUAAGAAGGUCAAAGAAAAACAAACUGCACGUGAUAUGAUGGUGUGGAUUGACGAAAUGAUACAUCCAGUUCAUGGUUUUGAAGUCACUCUUUCAGUAGUUGUACAAACUUUACUUGACAUCGGAUCAAAAAGUUUCACUCAUCUGGUCACUGUCCUGGAGCGAUAUGGCCAAGUAUUUGCAAAACUUUGUCCUGAUAGUGAUAAACAGGUGAUGCUAUUAUCUCAAGUGAGUACAUACUGGAAAGACAAUGUACAAAUGACGGCGGUGGCAAUUGAUAGGAUGAUGGGUUAUAGACUAGUAUCUAAUCAGGCAAUUGUUAGAUGGGUGUUCUCUCCUGAAAAUGUUGAUCAAUUUCAUGUGUCUGAUCAGCAGUGGGAGAUACUUGGCAAUGCUCUUAACAAGACUUAUAAUCGUAUCUCUGAUUUAAGGAAAGAAAUAACAAACAUUACGAAAAAUGUUUUGGUAGCUGAGAAAGCUUCAGCAAACGCACGAGUAGAGUUGGAGGCUGCUGAAAGCAAACUUUCCCUAGUGGAGGGUGAGCCCGUUCUUGGUGACAAUCCAGCGAAAAUGAAGCGUUUGAAAUCAACAGUGGAAAAGACAGGGGAGGCUGAGUUAUCUCUUCGAGAGUCUCUCGAGGCAAAAGAAGCCCUUCUUAACAGAGCUCUCUCUGAAACCGAGGUUCUACUGCUCCUGCUGUUCCAAAGUUUCUUAGGUGUGUUGAAGGAACGGCUACCAGAUUCAACAAAAGUGAGAUCAGUGCAGGAUCUAAAAUCUAUAGGUGCGGAAGAUGACAACUCAUCUGCGAUGGAGGUGGACACUGAGAAUGGAAACCCAAAGAAGAGUUGCGAAAUCGGUGAGAGAGAACAGUGGUGCUUAUCAACACUUGGCUAUCUCACGGCGUUUACAAGGCAAUAUGCAAACGAGAUAUGGCCUCACAUGGAGAAGUUGGAGUCGGAGGUGUUCUCUGGUGAAGAUGUGCAUCCUCUGUUUCUUCAAGCCAUAUCCUCCGCACUUCAAUACCCUUUACAAUGAAUCUUCCUAUUUCCAUCUCAAACCUGUUUCUUUUGUUUUUUGUUUUUUGUUAUGAGAUUCUGAUAUUCAAGUUAUUAGGAAAUUUAUGAGAAUCAUAAAACAAGAGUUUAUCACA